AUGGAAGGCCUUAAGGGCGGGAAAGAGAGACAUUCAGUGAAGCCCAAAUUACCUGUAAAGAGAGUGAGGAAGAGCCUUUCGGAGAAGGCCAAGAUAGCGAAGCGGGAGAGCGACCGACUGAGAGCGAAGAACCGAGUCAACAUCGGCUCUGCUCACGGAGUCUGGAAGAAGCUGCGGGACGAGAAUGGCUUCAGGACUGAUGCUGAGAUGGCUUUCUUUCUUAUAAACAUGUAAGUGAGAUGUCUGGAAAGCUUUUUACUUUUGUGUGAUUUCACUGUGAUAUCACUCUGAUAACACCACAUUCACACGGUGGGCGGAUAUCAGAAGGCCUGGAUGUCUAUAUAGGUGUUUAAGGAGUAUAUUAACCGUCUUUUUAGGUUUCACAGCUCGAAAAUGCGUCCUAACUAUCUUGCAGAUGCUCAAGUUUGGUCGCCUAUUCUUUUAAUAGUGGGACGAUAAGUGGCAAAAUCGCAAAGAGUGAGAAAAGUAGAUCAAAUGUGAAGGGCGACUUUAAAUCCCUGUCAUUCAUACUUCAGUUAGUCCUGAUUACGGAAAGAUUAAUUCAUGCGUGAUAAUAUAGAGAUCAACACCACUUAGACUCUUGACUGUAGAUAUCACUCUUGAAUACUCCAUUCUGAAUUGGUAUGAACUCCACAGCAUUGGUCUGACAUUUCCUGACAGCACGCCGUUGCCAUGGCUACGGCUCUAACCACAGACUCACUAUCGGGUUUUAUCAAAUGAAUCUGCCAAUAGACUAUUAGUUUAUUUGGAUUUGUAUGCAGUGGUGGAGAAAACAGAUAAAGAAGCCAAGAAAGGGCAGAGAAUAUCACUAUGUGAGAUUACAUGUGUCAUUUUUUAUUAAAGGUGCAAUAUGUAGGAUAUAUUAGGGGUGGGAGGAAAAAUUGAUUCACAUAAGUAUCGCGAUUUUUUGUUUUACAAUUUUUAAAUAGAUUUUUAUGUUCAAAAAUCGGAUUUGAACCCAGGACCUUCUUGCUGUGAGGCGACAGUAUUAACCACUACUCCACUGUGCCGCCCCAAAGUUUGCAGCACCUGGUAUUCCCAGGCGGUCUCCAAACCAAGAAGUAACCAGGCCAGACCCUGCUUAGCUUUUGAGAUCAGACGAGAUGGGGCGUGUUCAGGGUGGUAUGGCAUUAAGCCCCAGGCAAACCAAUAGAUGGAUAUAACGAUAAACAAGCGUACUUGACCUAAAAAGUCUCGACAGUCAUGUAAAAGUCUCCACGACAAGAACUGUAAACAACCAAAGGAUCCGUAUUUGAGCAUCAGUGGGCGCGUCAAUAACACGAGCUGAUGGCUAACCGCUGGCGGAGCGCGUCAAAAGUCUCCAAUGGGAUUCUUCCAUGUUUUUAAUCUGGGCUGCAGUUCUCAGAACUAUGUAUUGAACCUUUAAGGAAACGUAAAAGAUCAUUUAAAAAUGAAUCUAUGGUGUAACUUUUUUAAUUCAGUGAGCAAAUAGUGAGAUAAUGUAGAACAAGCAAGCUGUUGCAGCUGUGAAAGGGAAGCCGGGGUCCUGCUCGCCCUGUCAGUUUCAAUCCUUACACAACAACCUGCUGACUUUAUAUUAUUCCAUAUAUUAUUCCAUACUUAAUGUUGAAAUAUAACAUUGUUGUCAAUGUGAAUAACUGCUGACUAUUGACCAUAUGUUUCCAUUGUAGUUAUCUCCAGGCCAGGUCACAAGAUCAGUCCAUCUCUCAUGGUCUGAACAAGACUUCUUUGACCGACGGCUGGUGUGUACAAUAUUGUUUGCUGCACUCAUGUUGCUGUGUAUCAUUAUCAAGUACAUGUGUCAAUUUGAAAUAUCACUCAUAUGAUUAUCAUCCUGCAGCCUACACACAUCCUCGACUGUUGACCUCUUUGUUUUGUGCGUUCGUAGUGAAAGUGUUCACUAUGAAUACCAGGUAGCUAUGAGUUCACCGAGUGAAGAUGAAGAGGAAACCUGUGCUGCUUCCUCUGUUGAGUCAUCUGAAAAUAUAAAGGUAAAUGCUUCUUAUACACAUCUAACAUAAUGAAUAGGUGUGACUGAUUUUUUAAAUUCAAAGAAGUAUAAGUAAGUAAUUUUAAAGUUCAAAUGUGUCGGAAUAAAAAAUGUCAAAAAUCCCAUUGACUAACAAGUUUCUGUUCCGUGUCCCACUGUGAGCAGUGUGUGAAAAAAGACUUGGGAAAGAAAGAAAAGAGAGGUAAGUGAUGUUUUAGUCAUUCUGCCUUCAAAAUAAGGAUUUUUUUCAAGCAAACUGGUAAACAAGAGGAAGAAAAGCUAAUAUCUGUGUCUGUGUGAAACUCUCAAACACAGAUAUUCAACCAGUCGAGGAUGAACAAUUCAGUACUUCAUUGAUCGUAGGAGAUGGCCUUCACCUGGUGGAUUUGGGCAGGUGAGAUAACUGAGUAACCAAGAUACAGUUUCUCUAAAAUUAUAACAAAAGCUUCUUCCCUGAAACAUUUCCUCUCCUUGUUCAAAGACCAUUUAGUCUCAGUUUUAAAUAGACUCUCAAUAUUUUGAUUUUCUAUUGUAAGGAAACAUUAUGAUAAGAGUCUGUCAUUCAAACAUGUCUGUUUUGUGUCCUCUCAGUUCAUCGGAGUUUAUCGUUGAUGAGGAGUGCAUCCUUAAGCUCUUCAAGUUAUGCCGGGAGUGCAACAGACAAUGUUCAGUCAGGAAACAAGUCAAAGGACUCCAGCUGGUGGUUUACCAGGCAUGUCGUUACUGUAAUAACCGCUUUAAAUGGACUAACCUGCCAGAUGACAGCAACAGUGUCCAGUUAAAUGGAAAAAAUGCAACACAUGGACAGAACAACUUAGCAGUGGUGCAGAGUAAAAACUGA